GCAACAAUCCAACAUGGAGUAUAUGGACGAAAUCCCUUCUUCCGAAAACCAAACCAGCCUUUGUUGUCAAUGUGGUGUGCUUACUACUCCGAACCCAUCCAACAUGUGCGUUGGGUGCCUACGAACGCAAGUCGACAUCACUGAAGGAAUUCCCAAGCAAAGUAAUUUAUAUUUCUGCAAAGCGUGUGAAAGAUAUCUUCAGCCGCCAAGCCAGUGGACAACAUGUGCAUUAGAAUCAAGAGAACUUCUAGCACUGUGUUUGAAAAAGCUGAAAGGGUUGAAUAAGGUUCGCUUGGUUGAUGCAGGGUUUGUUUGGACAGAGCCUCAUUCUAAAAGAAUCAAAGUGAAAUUAACCAUUCAGAAAGAGGUAGUAAAUUCAACGAUAUUGCAGCAGGUGUUUGUAGUGGAAUUUGUUGUGCAAAAUCAGAUGUGUGAUGCAUGUCAUCGACAGGCUGCUCGGGAUUACUGGAAGGCUGUUGUCCAAGUCAGACAGAAGACAUCACACAAGAAGACAUUCUUCUACCUUGAACAGUUAAUUUUGAAACAUGGAGCCCAUCAGAAUACUGUGAAGGUCAAGCAAGAGUCAGAUGGGGUGGACUUCUUCUAUGCAUCUAGAGCAGAUGCUCGCAAGUUUGUGGAAUUCCUGCAGUCUGUUGUUCCUUGCAGGUACAAAACGUCUGAGAAGCUCAUCUCCCAUGAUGUACACAACAAUACAUACAACUACAAGUACACUUUCUCUGUGGAAAUUGUUCCUGUUUGCAGGGAGGAAGUUGUUUGUUUGCCUUUGAAAGUUUCAAGAUCUCUUGGUAACAUCAGUCAAAAUGUCAUCUGUAACCGAGUCAGCACAAAUUUACAGUUUAUUGAUCCAGCAACAUUACAAACUGCAGAAAUCUCAGCAUCAAACUACUGGCGUCUGCCUUUCAAAAGCCUUUGCACAUAUAAGCAAUUUACUGAGUACAUGGUUCUUCAGAUUGAGCCAGUUGAUUCAAAGAAUUUAUCUUUGUCAACAACCAACCUCAGUCAAAGGCAUGUUUUGGCGGAUGUAUGGGUAGCGCGGAUGCAGGACCUAGGCACGAAUGAUUGUCAGUAUCACUGCCGCACUCAUCUUGGCCAUCUCCUGAAGACUGGGGAUGCUGUUUUGGGAUUUGAUUUCACAACAACAAAUGUAAGCGAUGAGAAUCUUGCCAAGAUGAACCCCGAACGAAUUCCAGAUGUGAUUUUGGUGAAGAAAUCCCACGGUGACAAGAAGAAGCGACGGCGGAGAAGAAACUGGAAAUUAAAGGGUCUUGACAAAGAAAUGGCAGGAAUUGAUCAAGACAGUUUGGAUGGGGAUUACGAUGCUUUCCUUGGUGAUCUGGAGGAAGAUAAGAUCUACCGACAGCAGGUCAACAUUUAUGUCGAUCGUGAUUACAAAGGCGCCUCAGAAGAUGAUGACGAUGACACCCCACGGAUAAGUCUCCAGGAGAUGUUAGAGGACCUGCAUCUUGAGGAAUCCGAUGCAGGGGACCACGGGGCGGAAACGGGCGCCAUGAUGACAGAAUGAUGUACCUGGCUAAAUAUUCAACGGCAAUAUCAAAAGCAGACACUUUUCACAAUGAGACAAGAUGACACCAAUGAAAACGUACUGAAUAAACUUGGUGUCACUUGCACUUUUGAGCUCACGUGUCUUUCACUUUUGAGCUCACGUGUCUUGCACUUUUUAGCCCACGUG